AUGUGGUAUAAUGCUCCUGGUACUGAAACAGAAACUGACAAGGGUAUCUUUGUAGGAUCACGAGGUAGAACUAGCAAUGUGUAUGAGGGAAAACUUAAUAACAAGGAUUCGGUAGUUGUAAAAUUGGCGAAAGAGAAAAAUUAUUCGCCUUGUUUUGAAAGAGAAAAAGAUGUGCUAAUAAAUUUUAAUUCGCCUCAUAUUCCAUCGCUUCUCCUGUAUGAUAAAGACUCCCUUGUCACAACUCCUCUAGGUACGAAAGUCAAAAAUUUGCAAAAGAGGGAUGUCAGAAAUAUCAUUGAAACCUUGAGAAUGUGCAACAAAAAUGAAACUGGUAAUUUUGCUGGAGCACUCGAGUGUAUGCCCAAUGAUAUCUUACAAUCAUUGGUCAAUGGUGAACAAAUUUUAUACUCACCAAGUAUUGAUCUAAUAUGUUUGGUAAGGUUAUUUUACUUAAUGCUUCACAAACCAGCAAAUGUAGCAAUGGAGAGAAUUUCCUUUGACGAGAUUUCUGACUUCAAAUCACGGGCAAAAAAUGUGUUGACUUUUUGGUCCUCUCGUGGUAAAUCAGAUUUAUGGCAAAAAAUCUAUCAAAUGGUGAAAGACUUGAAUUAUGACGAUUCAAUUAUAGAACUUAAAGGAUUAUUUUUAAUAUUUGAUGCAAAGUGA